AUGGAAAACGAUUGGAAACAGGCAAAGGAUCCUAAAGGAAGAGUUUACUACUACAAUUUAAAGACUAAAGAAUCAAGGUGGGAUCUCCCUAAAUCGUCUACUGGCACUAAUAAGAGCAUAUCUACUGAAAAACAAGUUUCUGUAAAAAAAAAUGAAUUAAAGAACAAAAUAGACUUGGAAUUUCUAAAACUUCAUGGCUGGCGUACUGCUCAAACAAAAGAAGGUCGUAUAUACUAUUAUAACGUUGAUACAAAAGAGAGUAGAUGGGACCCACCAAACUUACCUAAGAAUACUUCGUUAAAAAAUGCAGAUGAUAUAAUAAAGAAUGAUUCGCCAGUUGAACCACUUUCUACAUCAAGACCUGAACAAAAUAUGCAUGAUUCUGAAAAAAAGCAGCCAACUUUUGAAAAUAAAGCGGAUGUUCAUUCAGAAUCUCUUACGCAUUCUAAUCUAUCUGGUUCUGAAGACUUGGAAAAAUAUAACAAAAAAUCUAUGAUUCAAUGUGUAACUCAAUUAACGAAAUCUGAAGCUGAAGAUCAAUUUAUUCAAAUGUUGACUGAAAAUCAAGUGGAUUCUACUUGGUCAUUUGGAAAAAUUAUAUCAGACUUAGGAACAGUUGAUCCACGAUACUGGGUAGUUGAUGAUGAUCCAUCUUGGAAACAACAAAUUUUUGAAAAAUAUCUAUCAAAUAGGUCUGAAGAUCAAUUAAUAAAGGAAUCUAAUGAAAUAAGUAAAUUCCAUGAUGCCUUUAUCUUAAUGCUGAAAAGUAAAUCAGAAAUAAAGUAUUACACGAGAUGGGGCACUGCUAAACGAAUUUUUGCAAACGAACCUAUUUACGUCCAUUCAGCUGUCAGUAAGCAUAUACAGAAAAAAGUAUAUAAGGAAUAUAUCGAUAGCCUAAUAAAUGCUCAGGAAGCUUUUCAGGCUAAAACUAAAGAGCAAGCUUUGAAGGAACUGAGGCUAUAUCUGGAUGAUAUUAUUUUCAAUAACAGUAGUAUUAAUAAAUCUAAAUCUGCAUCUUCAUCACUAUCAUUACCAUUAUCUUGGUCUCAUUUAUACGAUCAUUAUCUUUUUGAAAAAAGUAAACGUUAUACCGCAAACAAGCAUUUUAAACUUUUGACGCAUGAAGAUGUACUAAAAUUAUACAUCGAAUUGUUAGAGAAAUAUCAACAGCGACAAAAGCAAUGUUUAAUGGAUUUGAAUAAAAUCAAUUACACCAAUGAUCGUUUAGCUCGUGAUAAUUUUAAAAUACUGCUAAAUGACUCAAAUGAUUUUAAGAUCCGUGCAAAUUCAAAAUGGAGUGAUAUCUAUCCGAUAAUCAAAAAUAAUAAAUCAUUCUUAAGACUUGUUGGUCGAAAUGGUUCCACUCCAUUAGAUUUGUUUUAUGAUAUACGCGAAGAAAGAGACGAAAUUAUCAAUGGGCAAAGGUCUAUUGCAAAUCAAUUAUUGAUCGAUAAAAAUUUUCAAUGGAUAACAAAUGAUGAAGAACGCAUUGAUUUUAAAAAGAUGACACACGAUAAUUAUCUUUCUAUUAAAGAAAUACUUUUGAACGACUCCAUGUUUAGUGCCUUAGAUGAUGUAGAUUUAGAUAUUAUUAUUGAAAGGCUUAUUAAACAAAAAUGGGAGAAGAAUAUGGAAUAUUUUGAACUACAACAAAGACUUCUGAAUGAAAAAAUACAUAAUUUCAAUUUGUUAUUGAGCAAAUACUAUCGAGGUUCCGGAUCUUCAAAGGAUGAUUCCUGGAAUUCUGCAAAAGGGCAUUUGAAAGAAUUUAAAGAAUUUAAAGAUUUAGAAAAUAAUGAAAGUUUAAUGAUUGAGAGUUUUAAUAAUUUUAUACACAAUGAUUUAAAAAUAAUUGAUGAGGUUCAGACCGGUGAGCCAACUACAGCUUCUGUAAAUCAAACUCUAGCCAUAGCCCCUGUUACAAGGCCAUCUAAAAAGCGUACUUUACCGCCAACUACGGAAUUAGAUUAUUAA